AUGGAGAGUCACCACCCCCUUAUCUCAUUGGGUGAGACAAUGUUUAAUGAGCAUUGUGUUUGGUUAUAGAGAAGAUACCAUAUUUGCUUAUGUCAUCAAACACCCGGUAACCAUUAUUUACUGUGAGACCUAUACAGUGAUACCACAACUUUGAGACCUAUACAGUGAUAACACAAGUUAUGCGAAUAAAAUAAUUUGUCUAUUAUCUUUGAUUUGGUUUACAGAUGAUGUUAUACAAGUCACAUGUAAUGUCCACUGAUUUUUCACAAGGCCCAUUCUUUAAUUAUGUUGUUCUAUGAUGUCACAAGGAAUCCUGAUGGCAAGUGAUUAACUACCAGUUCAGUUCUAGGGUAUUUUUCAUGGUUAGCUGCUGCACAGUUCGGGAAAGUGGAGUCUACUGAACAAGAAGCCAUUCUGGUUCAUCCAGCAUCUAGAAUGUGUUCUGCACGUUAGAUAGAAACGCACCUCACUAAUCAAUGACUGAUUACCACUGCAAUAAGUAAGUAGUAAAAUAGUAUUAAUACAUUGCUGGAGGCUGCUAAACCAAACUAGGAAAUACACAUAAAUCCACCUUUUGUAACUAUAUACUAAUUAUUACUGCUCUGCUAAAUCGCAGGUUAAGCAAGUUGGAAACAAAGUUAUCAUCUAAAUUACAUAGAUAUAAUAGAUGUUACUACAAAUAUAGCAGGCAGCAAACUGCAGGAACAAACUAGCAGCUGUAGCCGACCAAACAAACUUAGGAACAAUGUUGCACGAUGAGCGGGUUAUGUAACCAGUAGGUAUUUUAACCAGCUGUAUGAACAAUGCAGGCAGCGGAUAGUGGAGAGAUCGAUAAGCCAUGUCCAGUGUAGAUCCACUCUACAAGUGUUUUCCUUUAAGUGGAUAUCCCAUCAGAGGAGACAUUAUCCCUUUAAAAGUAUUUUUUCUUUAGUAGAUCAAUUUAUGUAGCUACUUGUAAGGAUGUAACCAUGUGAAAUUCCUCAUACUGAUAUGUUCUGGACAAAGUCUGGACACAGACGAAACGCGUACACCAUGAGAACUUGGUGUGCCUAUUUGUGUGCCAUCAUUUGGAGCACUUUUCGUCCGACUAUUUACCACUGAGCAGCAACCUUAAGAGGACUUACAGCCAAUGGCUCAUUACAGCAACACAUUUCAGCUGUAUUUAUAACUGUUGGGUAGUUUUCCAUGUUGUGUGCAGCCAUGAAGAAGACCUGACAGGUCUAGUUUCUCUUCCUCUGUCGGUCAUUCUGGAUUCCGUGUGCUUUCCAGCGCAUAAACACUGUAUCUACAGUGAACACAUCCCUCAGAGUUACAGUGGAUAAGCCACUAAUAGGUUUUAUGUUCACCUUUACAUAUUUUUAAUACAGUGUUUUUAAUUCAACAUUAAUACUCUAUUAUUGGUGUUUGGGGGUAGGAGGGGGGAUUGUACAAGGGAAACACAUAUCAUAUACAGACUCUCUUAGAAUACAGUUGUCUUGCACCUUCUAUUUAGUAUUUUGUUACUUUUUCAGCUUUUUUGGCUCUCGUAAGAGUUGCUUAUACUUUAUGUAAUACACACUCCCGUGAUUGAUUUGUGAAACAUACAUAUUUUUGUGCCAUAUUUGGCAAUAUCACUUGGUUAGACAAUGCCGUAGCCUCAUUCCACAGCUCCGUUCCAGCUUUAUCCCAAGAACUAUAAACUGGAUAUGGAAUGGUCACCCCCUCUUCACUCAAGACUAGAACAAGGCAUAGGAUCCUGCAUUCACCACUAUUUCCGUGACAACAAUAACUGCACAGAUUUCUUUAAUUCUCAGAUAGGAGUCCCACAAAUGUGUUAUUAGAGGGUAGUUAAUAAAAUAGAGGGCACACUUACAGUAUAGAGAUCUUUUCACACUGAACCGCUCCACACUUACAGUAUAGAGAUCUUUUCACACUGAACCGCUCCAAUCUGAGAUUAUGACUUUUGAACUCUCUGAUAAGCAUUCUAACGCUGAUCCUGGUGCGCUAGCACUAAAUCCAUUACUUCUCUAUAAGAACAUUGUAAUGCCCAGUGUGAAGUCUUUGAAGUAUUUAAAUGUCUCUAGUGAUGGUGUCAUUGUAGGUCUGACUGAUGGCCACUAGAUGAAUCCUUAUUGACAAAUGUAAACAUUGCUGCUUCUCAUCAGUGAUAGCAUUUACGUUUGUCACAGAAUCAUAGUGUCUAUGUACCAAAACCACAACAUUAAGAAACCCUUUAGCUAUGCUUUUCUUUAAACUCUGUCUAAGAUUUUGUAUUCCUACAUAAUGUCAUUAUUGCUUUUCACUGACAAUGUCAUUGUGAUGCAUUAUAACUUCUCAGUCAUAUAUUAUAUAAUGAUAAAAAGAAUGCAAACUUUGUUGACAAAACAUGGAUAGAGAUCACUGCAUAAGCAAUAGCCUAGACUUUUUAUCAUCUUAGAAUGUCCGUUAAGAAAAUGUUCUUAUUUUAUUUUCUAAUUUUAAGUAUUUUUUCUUUCCAGUAGAUGGUUCCGUAAAUAAAAAUGAAACCAGUGAAUUUUUCACUCCAGCUUCUUCCCUCGAUUAUAUAACUGAAGAUAAUAAAAUCACAAUAAAUCAAAAUAUAAACUAUGUGACCGAUAGUACACCAUCCAGUAAGUCUUUGAGUCAUGAAGCCACAGAAUCAGAGGUUGAACAUAUUAGAGGGAUUAAUACUGCCAUGGAACUUAUACAGAUGGAAUAUCCAUCUUCUGAUAUUAAGGCGGAAUCAAACUCGUGCGAGGAAGGAAAUCUGCCAGACACAGAUAAUUAUGCACCCACAGAAUGUACAAAGAUAGAAUAUACUUCUACUCGUAUCAAGGAGGAAUCAGACUCGUGGGAAGAAGCAAAUAUCACAGACAAUUAUGCUCCUACAGAAGAUGCACAGAUCGAAUAUCCAUCGACUUAUAUUAAGGAGGAAUCCAACUCAUGGGAAGAAGUUAAUCUCCCAGACACAGACAUCUAUACAACCACAGAAGAUGCAAAGAUCGAAUAUCCAUCUACUCAUAUUAAGGAGGAAUCAGACUCAUGGGAAGAAGUUAAUCUCACAGACACAGAUGUUUAUACACCCACAGAAUGUCCAUCUACUCAUAUUAAGGAGGAAUCCAACUCAUGGGAAGGUAGAAAUCUUGUUGAAGCUUCCAUUUAUCCAAUCAACGGAGAUAUACAAAUGAACUAUACAACAGAGUUUGAAUCCGCAUCAAAUGAAAAACAAACUCUUAUAAACACUGAUAGUUAUAUGCGUACAGACCAUACAGAGACAGAAUAUCUACCUGACCAUAUUAAGGUAGUAUCAGCCUCGUGGGAAUCCAGCGCCACUGUUUAUACACCCACAGGAGAUAAACAUAUGGACUAUACAUUUAAUUCUGAAACUGCAUCACACAAACAAGGAGACACUGACAUUAAUGCACCCACAGAACAUUCACAGACAGAAAAUCCAUCUACUUAUAUUAAGGAGGAAUCAGACUCAUGUGAAGUUGGAAAUCUCACCACUUUGGACCUUGGUACCCACACUUCUCAUACUGGAAUACAAAACACAGGGAAUAGUAACUGCUUUGGUGAUGCUAAGGUUUCAUCCACCAAUUCAAAUCUUGCUAAGCAUCAGAGUAUCGACAAAGGAAAUACAUUGACCAGUACAUAUUACAUUGGACAUGAAUGUUAUGUGCAGAAAUCACAUUUUAUCAGAGGUAGUAGAGCCCCCAAAGGAGAGAAGAAGAUCUCUUGUUCUGAAUGUGGAAAAUGUUUCUCUCAAACUUCAGAUCUUAAGAAACAUCUAAGGAUUCACACAGGAGAGAAACCAUUUUUAUGUUCAGAAUGUGGGAAAUGUUUCGCUCAAACGUCAGAGCUUAAGUCACAUCAGAGGGUUCACACAGGAGAGAAACCAAUUUCUUGUUCUGAAUGUGGAAAAUGUUUUGCUCAAAUGUCAGAGCUUAGGAAACAUAUGAGGUCUCACACAGGAGAGAAACCAUUUCCAUGUGGCGAAUGUGGGAAAUGUUUCACUGAUCAUUCAAAUCUUAGAACACAUCAGAAGACUCAUACAGGAGAAAAACCAUAUUCUUGUUCUGCGUGUGGGAGAUGCUUUGCUCACAUGUCAAAUCUUAAGAUACAUCAGAGGACUCACACUGGAGAAAAACCAUUUUCUUGCUCUGAAUGUGGGAAAAAGUUUGCUCAAAUAGCAAAUUACAAAAAACAUAUGAGGAUUCAUACAGGAGAGAAGCCAUUUUCCUGUUCAGAUUGUGGAAAAUGUUUCAGUGACCCGUCUGCUCUUAUGAGUCAUCAAAAGAUUCACACAGGAGAGAAACCAUUUUCUUGUUCAGUAUGUGGGAAAUGUUUUUCGCACAUGUCAAAUCUUAAGGCACAUCAAAGGAUUCACACAGGAGAGAAACCAUUUUCAUGUUCAGUAUGUGGGAAAUGUUUUAGUCAAAUGACAAAUCUUCAGACACAUCAGAAGAUUCACACAGUAGAAAAAUAA